AGCCGCUUGAGGGACAGGAAGGAGAAAGACGGAUGUGAUUUUGGGUUGAGUUUGUUCUCUGGAAACGGGAACACACUCGUUCUGUGACCCUUCAGUGAACUUAUGUUGUGAAGGAGGGACAGAAAGAUGAGGUCAGGUAGGAGGACUAUAAAAGUUCUGCUUACCUUCAACAAAACAAGAGCUUAAACAAAGUCUGCAGAAGAUGUGGGAUGCACAGAAACUGCUUGGUCAAGAAUUUGACUAAAACAGCAACAUGUGUGUUUAAGGCGGGGGUUUUUCAGACGAAGCAGCGUUUUGUGUGUCGGCAUGAUGUGGACGACGCUGGGAUGUUUCUACCUCCUCUGCUGCAUCUGCUUGACCGAGUCCCAGCAGCUCAAGUUUGUUGUUGCUGUGUUCCGACACGGCGAUCGAUCGCCUAUUGAGUCAUACCCCAGGGAUCCACAUGGGGAGGAAGUCUGGGCUCAGGGCUUCGGACAGCUCACCGAGCUGGGCAUGAAGCAGCACUUUGAGCUGGGCAGAUUUCUACGCAGGCGCUACGGAAACUUACUCAGUGAGGAAUACAGCAGCAAAGAGCUUUAUGUCCGGAGCACAGACUACGACCGCACUCUGAUGAGCGCCCAGGCCUGCCUUGCUGGGAUGUUCCCCCCCACCAGACGCCCGCCUCCCAUCAUGCCCCAGUUACUGUGGCGGCCCAUUCCAGUGCACACCGUCCCCAGGGCCCAGGAUAAGCUUUUGAAGUCUCCAGGCAAAGACUGUCCGAGGUUCAGAGCUUUGAUGACGGAGACCUUCGAGAGCGCCCCCUACCAGAGGUUCCUCCGGGCUCACCAGGGCUUCGUGGAGAGGCUUUCUAACCACACCGGUUACCCCGUGUCCCGACUGGUUGGCAAAAAGAUCUGGAGGGUUCACGACACUCUGACCUGUCAGAGGAUCCAUAACUUGACUCUCCCUCGCUGGGCCACGCAGGACGUCCUGGAGACGCUGCGGAGGAUCGCUUCCUUCGAGGUCACAUACAGCAUCCUGAGUCACAAGCGGAGAGAGAAGGCCCGGCUCUCUGGAGGUGGGAACUCACUUUACACUGUAAAACUGAAACUAGGGGUGUUGCUAAACGCCAUCCUGAGGAAUUUCUCCGACGCCAUUGAGCGCAGCAGCAGCAGCGGCGGCAGCGCGCUGAAAUUCAUUAUGUACUCAGCUCAUGACUCCACACUCAUCACCCUGCAGGCAGCGCUGGACGUCUACGACGGCCUACUGCCUCCCUACGCUGCCUGUCAACUCUUUGAGUUCUACCAGGAGGAUGAUGGAUCCUAUUCAGUGGAGCUGCAUUACCGUAAUGAAUCCUCGUCCGAGCCCUACCCCAGCCGUGUGCCGGGCUGCGGCGGCCUGAGCCGCUGCCCUUUGGCCUCCUUCACAGAGCUGGUGCGCGACGUGAUGCCGGAUGACUGGGAGGCCGAGUGCGGCGUCAGGACCAGGUGGUCCAGCACAGGUAUCAUUACAGCUCUUGCAGUUGCAGUGGGGCUCCUGGGAGUGGCGCUGUUGUGCAGCAUAGCGGUGGCUGUCCACCAGCGGACAGCGUCCUACUCCAGGGACCUGUAGAGCAGAAAACCACCAGAUGUGCCAAAAAUAAGAAAAAC